CCCUCCGGGGCCGCGGCUGGGGCCGGUGCCCCGCCCGGGCAUUGCAAGGGCUGGCCCGGUCCACCCAGAGCAAACGGGCCGGGAAGGGCCACCGGGACCCGAGCUGCGCCCGGGAUCCCGGGUAUUGGGGAGGCAGGGACCCCGGCACAGCACCCUAUCUCUGCCCACGGGUGUGGGACCAGCACCCCCCACUGAUGCUCCCCAGCUCUUCUCCACAGCACUACUGCACCCCGCAGCCAUCCCAGCACAGCCAAGCCCCCCCCCCCCCCCCCACUGCAGUGUGUCAUGGGGACCCACUGCUCUGUCUCCGUCUCCAUCUCCAGCACUCUGCAGUGGUUUUUUUCUCUGCCCUGGGUGUGGAGCAGCAUCCUUGUGUGUGCUUUUACUGCCUCCCUGCCCGUAGUGCAAUGCUGUCUUGGGCCGUGCCCAGAGCUGGCCAGGAAGGGCCUGGUCUCUCAUGGCAGCUCUGUACGGCUCGGCCCUGUCCUUCUGCCCCUUCCUGCCCUCGACUCCUGUUUCUGCAGCACGACACCUCUGGACCCAGGCUUGGCACCCACUAGGCAGAAGCAUCUCCAUUUUUCCUGGCAGCACAGUACCCCGCUGAAGCCCAUUGCCCACUGCUUUGCCUGGGAGGAAGCGAAAGCACCAUGCAAAUAAACACAAAAUAAAUAGAAAGUGCAGAGAUAGGGAGGCUGAUGUAAAAAGAAAUAUGAGUCAGACAAGAAUCAUUGAUAUAGGAAAGCUGACCUGGUAAAGAGAAGGACACAGAUGCUGCCAGCAGAGCCAGUCCAGGAGGAGGAGGUCCCUAGAAAGUGAGGAAGGAAAGGCAUCCCUCACCCUGGUAGCACGGGCCCUGGCAGGGAACACAGGGCGAUGCUGCGGCAGGCAGGCUGCUGAGCAGGGUGCAGCUGUAGCAGGGCCGAGGCAGGCCAGGAGUGGUGUGCCCCCUGCUCCCUCCUGAUGCUCAGGACAUUGCUAGCAGCAGCCACAAUGCGCAGACGGACUGAUGCCUCUGGGUGACCUGCACGCAGGACAGGAGAGGGGCUCAGGAACAGUUGUGGCCUAGGGACUUUGCUUCCCAAUGUGUUCAUAAGAACUUUGCUAACAGUUGUGAAGAAAUUGCUGAGGGACAUCUCAGAUGGCCCAGAGUUUGGCAAGUAGUGCUGUGACACGUUACUGAUGUAGUGAUGUGGGCCGUGGGAGGGCUGAGGUACAAACGCAAAGCAUCACUCAUCAGUGCUCAUCUGUCUUCAGAAAAGCAGAGCACCAACAUCAUUCCUUUGGAGAUGCAGCCACAGAUAGAAACAGAUUUUGCUGGUACGGUUUAAGCCACUUCAGUGGGCAGAAUACACUAGGAUGGCAUUUUCAACAGAGCGCUGCUGGCAGGGAGUGUGUACGGGGUGAGUGUCAUGCUUGCAAGGCAGUGUCAGUUCACAGCAAAGCGUGAGUGAGGCACUUGCAGGCAGGUGCUGUACAGAGACUCCUGGGACCUCACUGUGAGCUGAGCAGGAGUUCCUAUAGAAAUGGAAAAUCUAUUUAUCACGGAAAUACUAGGAACCUUGAGUGGCCACAGAUUUGGCCCCAUGCACGGUGGGGGAUCGCUAGUAAGGUGAAUACAUAUUAUUUCAAAAUAGGUGGAAUGACUGUGUAGAUGCUCAAGCAGGUAGAAGACCUAUCUGCAAAGAAGGUAAUGUUCAGUGUGUGCUGUGGUGCAACGUACCGCACCAUUGCCCAAGGCUGGUGUUGAGGGCUGCAGGGUGGGCUCCUGCCAAAGGGAGCAGGGCAUCAGGGUCCCCUCCCAGGCAGGCCAGCUUGGUGCACUCAGGUGCCUUGGGGAAAUGCUGGGCAAUGCUGGUGAUGCUCGGUAUCAGUGCCAGACGCUGAGAGCUGGUCCUUUCUCCCAGACUAACAAAGUAAUUGCGAUCUGCCCUUGUGCACCACCCAGUUCAGCGAAUGCAUUUGCUUCCCUGAAUAUCUGCUCCCGUUGGCCUUGUCUGCCAGAAAGUGCAUUGACUAAUUUAGAAGUUGCCCGUGAUGCAGAGCCCAUCCGAAACUGGAAAGCUGCCUUGUUGGCUAAUUGCCAUCACUCUUCAAGAUGUAAUGUAUUUUCUGUGAGACUUCACAUUGCAGCUGCCAGAUCUUGCAGAGACUUGAAGUGACUGAAGAUUCUUCUCUUGCUAAAUUUCAGGUCUGUGCUGGAACACUUACAGGUUCCCCUUAACCUCCUUUUAAGAAGCUGUCAAAUCUGCAUCUCUCCAAACCCAUUUACCUGCCUAUUCUCUAUUGUCCCCUAGUGAACUGGCUUGCUUUCCACUGGGUAUUCUUUCUCGCUGGCUUUGCAGACAACUCUGCACCUCCCAGGUCUUCCUACAUGCAGAAAUGGGAAGGGCUCCUCCUUGAAAGAGGUCCCAAAAGGGGAAUGGCUGCUGCACGUCCGGCAGUGCUCCACUCACUAUAUCCAGUCACAGACUGGUUCCCUGCCAUGCAGAGCACAGGGCAGACUAUCAGCUGCUGUGGUGCUGCAGCCUCAAGCUUGUGUCAGACACUGGUGCCCAACAGCCACCUAAAGCCUGCAAGCAGCAGAAGUGGAAAUGUUAAGAAACACUUGGAAAUUUGCUGACUCCAGAUCUGUAUUUCCUGCAUUUGGUUUUGUUGAUGUGAACCUUCUGGAAGGGCGAUGUCCUUGCAGCCAGCCUUGGUGCUCAUUAAUGAGUGUCUUUGUUAGCAGACAGCUGGUAAGGUUGCUCCCUGGUGUGCUUUCCCUCCCUGGAUUUUCCGUUUGCAAGCUUGUGGGGACGGUGUUUUCCGGUGGGGGACAGGCAAGGUGUCUGUGAAAUGUCCUGUGGAGUCACAGUCCCAGCACUCAUGGGCAUCCCUACAGGUUGAUUGUGUGUCCCUGGUCUGAACAGCUUGCCAUGGGACAGGGAUGCUGCCUCAAAGUCCUGCCCUCCUGCAAUGCAGGUUUCUAUGGGAGACCAUGGUCUAUGGAACAGAGGAAACUUCUCUUUCAAUGGCUGAAACGCUGGGGACUGAACUGCUACAUGUAUGCGCCCAAGGAUGAGCUGAAGCACCGGCUGCUCUGGCGAGAGCCCUACACAGAGCAUGAGGCAGCCUGUAUGCGGUCUCUCAUCGAAGCUGCCCAAGACCAGGGUGUGGAGUUUGUUUUUGCCAUUUCUGCUGGCCAGGACAUGGUGUUUUCAAGUGCCGGGGAUCGGCUUCUGCUGCAGCAAAAACUCAGGCAGGUGGCUGCCAUGGGGUGCCACUCCUUCGCGCUGCUCUUCGACGACAUCGACCCCUGCAUGUGCCAAGCUGACAGAGAUGUCUUCCCCUCCCUGGCACAGGCUCAGGCCUCUGUGGCCAACGAGGUGUACCAGGAGCUGGGCCAACCCUCCAUCUUCCUUUUCUGCCCUACAGAGUACUGCAGUUCUCUGUGCUCUCCCAGCCCCAGCCAGUCCUGCUACUUGCUGACCCUUGGCCAGGAGCUGCUCCCAGGGAUUGGUGUCAUCUGGACAGGCCCAAAGGUGGUGUCACAGGAGCUCUCAGCCACACUGCUGGAGGAGGUGGAGGGUGUCCUGCAGCGCCGCCCCAUCAUCUGGGACAACCUGUAUGCCAAUGACUAUGACUGCAGACGUGUCUUCCUGGGCCCCUACACGGGACGUGCCCCUGGCCUCAUGCCCAGGCUCCGUGGACUGCUCCUCAACCCCAACUGCGAGCUCCAGGCCAACUUCAUCCCCAUACACACAUUGGGCAGCUGGUUUCAGAGCGAGCUGGGGAGCCGUGCUCAUGCUGAUCACACAGGGAUGGAGACUGCGGCAGCCCUGGGAGACAGCCAAGGCCCACCGGAGGGAAGCUACAGCUCCCAGGAGGCCUUGGAGCUGGCGUUGCAUGACUGGGUGGCAGAGAUAAACCAGCAGGCCUUGGAGCCAGGAGGAAGGACCCCAGGACACCCCAGCAUCAGCCUCAAGGGAGGAACGAGGCUGCAGCUUGGCACAGAGGGAGGACAGGAGGUCAUGCCUGACCCCCAGCCCCACGACUCUGUUCCCAGUGGGGCAGACCAGCAUGGCCCUGAGCCCUGCAGCGUGGCACCAGGAGAAGGAAUGAGGAAGGUGACCUCGGAGCCCAAGAAGGGCAGUGGGAGCAGGACACCCGCUGGCAGUCGGCAAAGCCCUACAGGGGAUGGGGACCAGCUCACUGCGGAGAGCAGAGUGAGCUGUGAGCCCUCCUCUGCUCUGCCCACUGUGGCUGGGAGUGCCCAGUCUGCAGGAACCCCAGUGGCUACUGAGACUCUCCACAGCCCAGCCCCACCCAUGUGCUGCAGCAGUGGGGCCAACACCAGCCAGAACCUUCCCCUACCCACCAGUGAUGCCAGGACAGGGGAUGGCAGCUCCCCCCAGCCCCCCAGCAGUAUGCAGCCUGAGGUCAGCAGGGCUGACACACCCCCAGGGCCUGGGGCAGGUGCCAGCCCUGGCUCCCCAGUACCACUCACUGAUGGGGCUGGUGCCAGCCCUGACCCCCCAGUACCGCUCACUGAUGGGGCUGGUGCCAGCCCUGACCCCCCAGUACCGCUCACUGAUGGGGCUGGUGCCAGCCCUGGCCCCAUGGCCCCAUUGACCCCAGAGGAGGCCAGGUCCAGCCCCAUGGCUCUGCUGACCCUGGAGGCGGCUGGAUCUGGCCCCAUGGUACCACUGACCCCCAAGGAGGCCAGAACCAGCCCUACAGCAUCAAUGACCCCCAUGGAGACUGGGUCUGUCCCUGCGGCACUGCUGACCCUCGAGGAGGCCAGGUCCAAUUCCACAGCACCACUGACUCUGGGGGAGGUGCGCAUGCUGGUGGAGCUCUUCUACCUGCCCUACCAUCAUGGGCCACUGGCGCAGCAUCUCCUGGAGCACUUUCGGUGGCUCCGAGCAAACAGCCUCAGUGUGGGGGUCCCAGCCACGGCACCCGAUGCCGGCGAGGGCACACAGUGGCGCAGCCGAGCCCAGUCCUUCCAGCUGCUCUGCGCUCAGACAUGCCGCCUGCACAGCCGCUUCGUCAGCAGCGCCGGACGGGCACUGCUCUACGACCUCCACCCCUACCUCUGGGACAUCCGCAACAUGCUGCUGGCUGCCAGUGCCUUCAUCCUCUGGCUGGAUGGCCACCUCCUCUGCGACCCUGACCCCAAGGGCACCUGGGGAAGCUGCUUUGGCUGGUGCCAGAGCAUCACUGCCCCGAUCCUGCUGGGGGGAGACGCUGAGCCCUGGGCACGUCGUGGGGGCCUCUUUGGAGAAUUCCAGGCACUGCUGCCUGUGGGGAACAGCUGUGACCUCUUCUACCACCCACCUCCGCUCUUCCCAUCCAGCCAGCUGUACCUCCUGCGCCCGCUGCUGCCCCUGGACAAGGGAGAGCUUUACCGAAUGUGCCAGGAGAGUUUGGACUGUGACCCCAAAGUCGCAGAGAUCCUCGCAGCCCACCCUGAUCUCCUCGGUGACAGGCUGCUGGGCAGCUUCCUGAGCCUGAGCCCCGAGUACACGUUUGUGCUGGAGGAUGAGGGUGGUCCAUGCGGCUAUGCAGCCGGAGCACUCUGCGCCGAAGGCUUCCUGCAACAGCGAGACAGCAGCUGGCUGCCAGCCAUACGGCACAAAUACCCCCGAGACCUGGGCACAGGUGCCCCGGUUCUGGGACAGGAUGCCCUGGAAGAAGCGCUGCUCUUCUUCCACACAGAGCCACCAGCAGUGCCCCUGCCUGUGCUGCGGCGCUUCCCCUCCCUGGUGCAGCUGGGCACAGCCCCCCGUGUGCUGGAUGUGGGGGCCAGUCGCAGCCUGGCUAUCUGCCUGCUGAGUGCACUCAGGGCCAACGGGUCGCGGGGAGUGUUUUGCGAGGUCAGUGCCGCUGACCGGCAGCAGCUGAGCUUCUACAGCAAGCUGGGCUUUGUCGCCCUGCCAGUGGCCUGGGGCAGCUCUCCUGGUGCGCGGCUCCUGGGACGUCUCCUCUGAGCAUGCUGCGCUGGGUGCGGGCACGGGGGGGGCACUGCGAUGGGACAGGCUGACACCCCCAUCCCGCGCUGCAUUGGCCUGAGGGAGCAGGAGCAGAGGGGCACCUUGAGCAGGGCAGGUACAUGUGAUGGGGGACAUGGCGUGGGAGUGAGCAGGAUGUCACCGUGAGGGUCCUUGGGCAACAGGUAUUUCUACUGUCUCAGGGGAUUUGGGCAUCGGGGCCCCUCCACUCCUCCCCUGGCUGUUCCUGCUUGCUGAGCACCCUCCACCUUUGCUGGGGAGCCAGCAACAUCCCCAGGCUGUCUGCAGACCACCAGGCCCGGCAGGAGCCACAAGGGCAGUAUUUAGGGUGGUGGUCUCAGAGCAUGGCACAGUGCAUUAGAGCUAAAGGAGUGUCCCUGUCCUUCAGGCUGGGCUGUCCAGCGCUCGCCAUCCCGUGUGGCCCUAGGCUGGGCAGCUGGGGCUGGGGCUGGCUUUUCGGCACCAAGGACCUGCUUGUCUAUCUAUAGGGAUCAAUCUGGUGUGGGGCACAGUAAGGCAACCUCCAUCUCUGCUGCCCAGGGGCUGAGGGAAGUGCUGUCCUUGGCAAUAAAGCAUUUGCUGG